CGGAAGAAGAAUCAGUCUCGGUGAAGGAAGAGGAAGCCUAACCGAAAGGGGCCCUCCUCCGGCGGACACACACUUGUUGAUGGUGGCUCCAGUCUCCGGUUCUCCGGGCGGCUCCGGAGCUUCUCCCCUCCGCCGCUGCCGCUCUGGUCCCGGGUAAAGGGAGCCGGGUCUGCGGGCAGCGGAGCUCACGGACGGAGCUCACCGUGAGCCGCGUCUCCCAUCCCUCUCCCAGACUCCAUCCCGCCGCGGACACGCGCUCAGCCCCAGCGGAUCGAUCGCUCAUCAUUUAUUCAUGCCGCUUCCCGAGCGGGGAGCCCCGGGAGCCGCGCGGGGCGCGGCGGCCUGUCCUCCGCUCCGCGCCGCUGGGUGGCACCGCCGUCUCCGGGCGGAGGGGCUCUGAUCUCCGCGUGGGGAGCCACCGCGAGGCGCCGACACGCCGUCGUGAAUCUACGCUCCCCCUCUUUCCCCGAACGUCCUUUUUUUGCGGAGCUGCUUUUGGAUUAAUCUCCCCCCCUGAGUGACAUGGAUCCCGCGGGGCAGUGAGGCGGGGCUCUCCGGGAGGCACGCCGCGCUCGGCGCCCUCUCCGCCGGGUCGCAGCGCUGGCUCCGACCGGUGGAGUCUGCGGCAGCCGCGGCGACGUCUCCUUUACCGUGAGCCCGUUCUCCUCUGGAAUUUAACCGGUAACCCGGCGCCCUGCUCCGUGUUUCUGUAUUUCUCCUCUGGAUAAUUAGCCUCCGCGGUGGAGGGGGCACCGUGCGGCACACGCCCCGCACAGCGCCCCUUCUCCGGGCUGCGUCCGGCCCGGUGGGAUGUCUCCCCGCCGGAGGGGGAACAUUUCAUAAAAUAAAAUAAAACCGCGAGCUGAAUUUAGCUCGUCGUGCUGUUGAGAUCCCUGAGACGAUGGCCGACUCCGGCCGCCCCAGAUCGGCCGCCGACCCUGACGCCGCGGACAGCCGGACAGCGAGCCCGCAGCCCGGCAAGAAGAGGACGCAGCAGUCCCCCGGGCUCCGGCCCCGCUACCACAGCUCCGGGCCCGGACACUGCUUCAGGAAAGUCACCCUGACCAAGCCCACCUUCUGCCACAGCUGCAGCGACUUCAUUUGGGGGCUCAUCGGCUUCCUGUGUGAAGUGUGCAACUUCAUGUGUCACGAGAAAUGUUUGAAGACUCUGCGGACAGUUUGUUCCUGCGUGACGCCGGCUAUGAUUCAGGUCCCGGUGGCUCACUGCCUCGGUCCGGCCGGCCACAAGAAGCGAGUGUGCUGCGUCUGCAGGAAGCAGACGGAGGGGAACGCGGCGCUGCGCUGCGAAGUGUGUGAGCUGCACGUCCACGCCGACUGCGCCGCCUUCAGCUGCGCGGACUGCCGCCGCUGCCACCUGGACGGCGCUGUGGAGCAGGAUCUGUUCCACCAUCACUGGAGGGAGGGAAACCUGCCGUCGGGCGCCCGCUGCGAGGUGUGCCGGCGCUCGUGCGGCUCGUCGGACGUGUUGGCGGGGAUGAGGUGCGAGUGGUGCGGCAUCACGAGCCACGCGUCGUGUUACCUCAGCGUGCCACCAGAGUGCAUUGUGGGACGUCUGCGCGGCAUGCUGCUGCACCCGAGCUGCGUCCGCCUGCAGUCCAGGAACUUCAGCAAGAUGCACUGCUACCGCAUCACAGAGAGCUGCAGCCACGAGCUGGAUUUCUCAGACGAGGUUGAUCCCUGCGCUGCGACGUCUAAAGACGCUCCGCCGGCUGCUGCAGAGUUGGGUAAACAGUUCUUGAAGGUGUUCGACGGCGAUGAUGCAGCGAAACGCGGCUUCUUCAGGCUUGUCUCCACCUCCAGAGCUACCAGGAGCGAGGAAGUGGUGGAGGCGUCACUGAGGGCCUUCUACCUCCCCGGCGAGCCGCAGGACUUCGAGCUGUGCGAGUCCGGCGGUCUGCAGUGUCUCCACAGCGACGACGUCCUGAACCGGAACGGCGGUCCGGACAACCGCAGCGACGCCUGGCUGCUGAGGGCCAAACCGCGGCAGGCCGAGGUCGUCAGGGUUCACGCCGGCUGGCCGCGGUCGGGCGACACGUUUGUUUCCGUGUCGGUAUCGGCGAGCAGCACGGUGGAGUCCGUCCUCACUGAGGUCCUCACUCAGCUGCACAGACAGGAUGAAGACGUGGCUAACUUCAGUCUGAUGGAGGUCUACAUGAGCAGCAAACAAGUGCAGAGACUCACACUGACGCCUCAGGAGAGGAUUCUGGAGAAACUGCAGGAGAUCAGGAAGGUGUCUUUGCGGCAGAUGAACCAGACUCGUUUCUACGCGGUGGAGAACAGGAAGUCACCUGUGCAGGUGAACCUGCUGAUCGGAGGACUGCCCCCCCUGCUGGCCAAAGAGGAGUACGUCCAGAUGAUCCAGGAGACGCUCGCCAUCAAGAGUCACCUGGUCUCCAUCAGUCACAUCUACAGCAGUCAAGGUGCGGUGGCGCUGCAGAUCUCCUGUUUUUCCGAGGCCGAGCGGAUCUACAUGUUGGCGAAAGACUCGUCCGUGAACAACAAGCCUCUGACCUCUGUGGUCAUACCGGAGAUCAUGAUCAACAAACUGGGAGACGACGUGUGUCCCCUGCUGGUGUUCGUCAACCCGAAGAGCGGCGGCCUGAAGGGCCGAGAGCUCCUCUACAGCUUCAGGAAGCUGCUCAACCCCCAUCAGGUCUUCGACAUUUCCAACGGAGGGCCGCUGGCAGGCCUCCACGCCUUCAGGGAGCUGCCCCGCUUCCGGGUGCUGGUCUGCGGCGGGGACGGCACGGUGGGCUGGGUGCUGGGCGUCCUGGAGGCCGUGCGGCACCACCUGGUGUGCCGGGAGCCGCCGAUCGGGAUCGUACCGCUGGGAACGGGUAACGAUCUGGCUCGGAUCCUCCGCUGGGGGCCGGGCUACAGCGGCGAGGACCCCCAUCACAUCCUGGUCUCCGUCGACGAGGCGGACGUGGUCCUGAUGGACCGCUGGACCAUCCUGCUGGACGCUCAGGACAUCUCAGAGGACGGGAAGGACAACGGCUUCCUGGAGCCGCCCAAGAUCGUCCAGAUGAACAACUACUUUGGUCUGGGCAUCGACGCCGAGCUGAGUCUGGACUUCCACCAGGCGCGAGAGGACGAGCCAGACAAAUUCACCAGCAGGUUCCACAACAAAGGCGUGUACGUGAAGGUGGGGCUGCAGAAGAUCAGCGCCACCCGGAGUCUCCACAAAAUCCUGCAGCUCCAGGUGGACGCAGUCAACGUCCCCCUGCCAAACAUCGAGGGGCUCAUCUUCCUCAACAUACCCAGCUGGGGUUCUGGUGCUGAUCUGUGGGGGUCAGAGGUCGAUGGUCGCUAUGGGAAACCGAGCAUCGACGACGGUCUACUGGAGGUGGUCGGAGUCACUGGUGUCGUGCACAUGGGGCAAGUGCAGGGCGGUCUGCGGUCAGGCAUCCGUAUUGCUCAAGGGAACUACAUCAGGCUGACGGUGAACAAGCCGAUCCCGGUGCAGGUGGACGGGGAGCCGUGGAUCCAGCCUCCGGGUCACAUCAUCAUCUCGGCCGCAGGACCAAAGGUCCGGAUGUUGAGGAAGUCCAAGCAGAAGCAGAAGAAGUCGGCGGCAAGGGACGGACGCUCGGAGAGUCCGUCGUCCAGGAACGGAGGACACUGACAGGAAGCGGAGCUCCGGCAUCUCGCUCGCCUCCAGUUCGUCCUCAAGGAAACAUGUGAGAUGGACCAUAGCUGCUGCUCAAACCACUGGAUCAUUUCUCCUUCGCCUCUGUGAAAUCGUUUUUUCACAGACAUCAGAGGACCUCGUUCAUGAAGCAUCGAGACUCCCAGAAGCUCAAAGCAUAAACCACAGUGAGCAGCGUUUGUCUGACAUAUCAGACUGCAACAAACGAUCCUCCAGACUUUUUGUUUACUCUGAUCUCAUAAAAAAAACCUCCAAGUAAUCACUUGUUUUAUUAAACUCGUGUGGUAAAACAUGCACUUAGCUGCUGUAGUGAAAUAACAUAGCCUUAAAACGAUGAGGAAAAGCUACAGAAGUAUUAAAAAUGAGAAUAUCAUUGAAAAAAACUCAGUUAUUCUUUAAAGAUAUAAGCUACCAAGGUCUAAAUGGUAAAAAUUUUAUAUCUUAUGUAAUAUUGUGAUAUUUUCAGAUACAGUAUUUGAGAUUGUUGUGACUUAAAAUGAUUUAAAACAUACUUUCCCCCAAAAGUAGUAGAUUCAAGGUAGAUUCAGCACAUUUGAACCUGCAAAUUUUCCUGCAAUAUUGAAAAUUCACAUGAAAAUCAUCAAACCCAUGCAUUUUGUUUCAAUAGGUUUAAUAUAAACACAUCUUUAAGUAAUCCAGAACAAACAAUGAAUUAACAACAGUUGUCAAGAGGGAUAAAAAAAUAAAAUCCUGAGUAAAUUCCAUGUACAUCAAUGAAAGUCAAGCAGAAAAAGUCUGUUUUGCAUGAUUCAGAGUUUAUUAUGACCUUUGAAAGUGAUAUAUUUCAAUAUUUUGGGUCAGAAAGGAGAUUUUUCGUCCUUGGUUGUUAUUAACAGGAGGUAAAAGUUAAAGGUGUUUUUAAAUGAAAACUGUGCUUCAUUUUAAUGGACUUUAUCUCCUUUAACCGAUGCUUCUGGGAGCAUUUCGCCUGUUCUAUAAGUGCAUUUUUUAAUUACAUUGUUGAAGGACAACGUGACCUGUUCUGUUACUCUGAGAUAACAAAACCGGCGAGAAGAAAAUUCACUGGAAUCAUAGAAAAGCAGGAAGAAGCGAAGCUGCUGGAGGUCAAACUGGUGCCUGUUUGAAUCAGAGACAGGAAAUUAGCUGUCUGAAGAAUAUUAAGCAACAGUAGACACUAAAACCUCCAUCAAGCUUUGCUUUAAGUCUCAGUUUUCCAGAAAGCUCGCACAGCUGAUAGUUUAUCAAAACCACAUCGUGCCUCUGCCAAUGUUGAGAUAGCGACCGGAAUCACCUGGAAAACCACACGCUCGCAGUACGAAGCUAAAAACGGAGCAACAUUUCUUGUUUCUGCAUCAGAGUGGAAGGAGUUACCACAAACUAUUACUACUAGUAUUAGCAAAAGGUAGUAAAGUGUCCGUAGAAGAAUUCCUUGUGUACAUUGUGUAAAAAUACCUGUGUUCUUAGCUAAGCCUGCUAGCAACAGCUCUGUUGCUGAAACUAAAAGUUAAGUUUAAGUCAAACAUUAAAUGUUAACACAAUCUUUAAUGUUGAUGGAUGUUUUUGAAAAUGGAUAUAAAUGAAGGAUAUGAUUACAAAGAAAAUGUGCAAAUAGCCUACAGAAGCACAUUAUUAGCAAUAGCUCACUGAGCUAGCUAGCUAGCUUUACUGCCAAUUAAACUUUGCUUUCUUGAGUUCAGGGUUCAGUUUUCAUUUAGUAA